UCAUGGCAGCAUGGAAAGCAGCAUGCUCCUUUACUGGUGGUGUCAAGCUUCUGAUACCCAAAGGAACUUACCUUGUUGGCCCUGUUAAAUUUGAUGGCCCCUGCAGAAAUGUCAGCUCCAUUACUGUAUCCAUGGAGGGAUACAUGAAAGCCUCGACGAAUUUGAGUAAAUAUGUCAGCGGCGAUGAUUGGAUACAGUUUGGAUGGGUGCAUCAUCUGACUUUAACAGGAGGGGGCACCUUUGAUGGCCAAGGAGCUCUCUCCUGGCCUUUCAAUGAGUGCUCCAAGACAGAAAAAUGCAGAGUUCUACCUUCAUCGAUCAAGUUUGUUUACACUGAACAUACUGUGAUGAAUAGCAUAAAGUCAUUGAACAGCAAGUUCUUCCACAUUGUUUUGCUUGGCUGCAAGAACUUUUGGGGAAGCAAUAUUGUGGCUCAGGCUCCUUCCGACAGCCCUAACACAGAUGGGUUUCACAUCGAGAGGAGCUUGGGAGUAAACAUUUAUAACUCGGUGAUCACGACCGGGGAUGAUUGCAUCUCCAUCGGACAAAGUAAUGAGCAGGUAGUGAUCAGUGGCAUCACUUGUGGCCCAGGCCAUGGAAUCAGUGUCGGAAGCCUAGGAAGGUACGAGAACGAAGGAGACGUCAAGGGGCUCUUGAUCAAAGACUGCACUCUAUCAGGGACAGCAAAUGGUUUGAGAAUCAAGACAUGGAAGAACUCUCCGGGAAAAAGUUCAGUAAGUAACUUGACCUUCCAGAACAUCAUCCUCAAUAGUGUCGCAAACCCGAUCAUCAUUGACCAGGCAUACUGCCCCUACGCCGACUGCUCAUCCAAGGUGCCAUCCUUAGUGAGCAUUAGGGACAUCAUCUUUAGUGAUAUCAGGGGGACAUCAACGACGCCGGUGGCGGUCACCCUCAAAUGCAGUUCAGGGGUGCCAUGUGAGAAUGUCAAUCUCCACGAUGUCCAUCUAAGGUACGUCGGUGGAAGUCCAACGAUCGCCGAGUGUUUGAAUGUUCAAGCGACAUACUCAGGCACCCAACUGCCUCUGCCAUGCAAUUAACUUGUUGCAUCUUUCUUAAACCGCAAUGGAACUGAUGAAAUUAAGAAAGAUUAUCAUGUAGCAUCUCAAUUA